CUUUUCGCUGGCCCUGUGAUGAAGGUACGUCCAUUUAGAGAGGCGCACCGCAAUACGUCACCCUCCAGUUCUGGGCCAGCAGUUUCAGGACGGAAGUUUAUAGGCGGGAACAACCCAGAGUCAAAGAUGGCGGAAUACACGAAACAUCCAACGAUUCAGAGAGGGCAGUCUCUACCGCAAUUGAGUCAGUGCUCAAAAUGUUGCAGCUGGUUUCACUGCCCCUUUUGCACCGCCACUGUGUUCAAACCCACCAGAUUGGGCAAGUUGAAAAUGCACUUAAAAAGUCAUUUUAACAAGGCUGUUCUUCACGAGGGUUUCACCAUCCACAGAUGUGGCUUAGAUUGCCGGCCUACACUCCAUUAUCACUGCCUUUACUGUCAGUUUACAGUAUUAAGGAGGAGCGACUUUGCAAACCACUUAUUACUUUGCAAAGUCAAACAGCAUGUAGUACCAGGCAGUGAAGCCCCAUCUUUAACCUUGAAAAUGCCCACCAGUGCCACAUUGACUGUGCCACCAAUCACCAGUGUUUCUGCAGGAAGGUUUUGUGGGCCUGCAGUUAUUAGAAAGAGGUGCCCUGUUUGCAAAGUGCUAAUGAACAAACGGAGCUUGAAAAAACACAUUGACCGAAAACACACAGAUCAAAGAUUGCAAGACAUGGAUGUGAAUGAGAAUCAAACGAAGAUGGAGCACAGUGACAUCGUGGAUAUGGAAACUCGGGAGAAAAAUCUCCAUAUAACCAUUCAGAGGGGCCUUUCACUACCUUCCAGUAAAAAGUGCAGCUGCUGCCCAUCUGCAAAGUUUCACUGUCCGUUUUGUGGGCCAGAAUAUUUUAAGCCUACAAAACUGAGCAAGUUGAGGGUCCAUUUGAAUGGCCAUUUCAAACGAGCAGUCUUCUGUGGAGAUUAUACCAUUCAUAGAUGUGGACUUGGUUGCAGGAAGCAACAACAUUUUCACUGUUUGUACUGUACAUCUACAGUACUAAAGAAAAGAGAUCUCAUAAGCCACCUUUCAGCUUGUCACACAACCCAUACACGGAACCCCCAGACGCCCCCCCAUGGGUCGAGCCCCCUCACAGUAACCAUUGGAGAGAGCUGUAAAAGGGAAUCUCCGGAACACUGGGCCAGCCCGUUGGACUCCGGUUCAGGACCCAGUUCCAUCAAUAGUCUUGGCAGUGUACUUGAUGAGCCUGCAGUGUCCUCCGCUGCCAUUGCUGCACCCUCCCCAGGCCUGUCAGAUGGGGAGCACUCAUCCGCCUUCAGCCCUCCACCACUCAGCCCAAUUGUAAAAUCCUUCACUAGUAUUAUACCCCAGCGCAUCGGCUCCCCUCUGGAUGACCCAGGGAAGACAGUGCAGUGGAAAGACCGAGCUGAUGCCGCAGAAGGCCCAAUAAUGAAAAGACUCAAAGACCUUAGUAAUGAACCUGUGCCCGAUAGCGCGCAUGCAGAUGAGGAUCGCCGCUUCUUUUCUGCGAUGGCUGACUUGGUUAAAAGGCUGCCACUGCGCAGAAGAGAUGUCGCUAAAUUCAAGACCUAUCAGAUGCUGUUUGACAUGGUGCAGCAGUAUGAGGAUGAGCAAGAAAGCUAAUGAUAUUUUCUAUCUCGCUAAUUUUAAUACUGUUUACUUAUGUUGAAUAAAAAAGACAGUUUACCUGUCGACCUGUAUUUACUGACAAUAGACAAAAAAUAGGCAGGUUUGGGCAGAAUACUAUGAAUAAAUGCUAUUGCCCUACACA